AUGCUGAACAAAGGAUUAUCCGUGGUCUGGCUGAUGUCCGUGGCUCUUUUGUGCGUACUGGUGCACGGUGUGAAAGGAGACGUGAGUUAUUCUGUACCGGAAGAAAUGAAACGAGGAUUUGUUAUCGGAAAUAUUGGCAAAGAUCUUGGUCUGACUGUGAAGGAAUUAGCAUCAAGGAAGGCUCGUAUUAGUGCUGAAGGUAAUCGAAAACGGCUCAGUAACAUUAAUGUAGUUACUGGAGAACUGACUGUAGCAGAGGUAAUGGACAGAGAGAGCAUUUGCAAAGACAAACUGUCGUGCGUUCUGAAUUUCGAGCUUGUUCUGGAACAUCCACUAGAGCUUCAUAAAAUAACAUUACAUAUCCAAGACACGAACGACAACUCUCCUGCAUUUACGAAAGAUAUAGUCAAAUUUGAGAUACGAGAAUCUGCCGUUAAAGGGGCGCGAUUUCGCCUGAGUGAGGCACACGAUGCAGACAUCGGACAAAACGCAGUGCAGAAUUAUAUACUGGAUAAGAAUGAUAAUUUCAUACUUGCCGUAUCGGCAAACAAAGAUGGAGGGAAGAACAUCGAGCUGGUUUUAGAUAAAGAAUUAGAUCGAGAGCUGCAGCAAGAGUUGAAUUUAAUUCUGACUGCAGUCGAUGUCGAUGGCGGCAUUCCGCCCAGAUCAGGCACUGUGCAGAUACACGUCACUGUACUGGAUGCGAAUGACAACGCUCCUCUGUUUACUGAGGAGGUGUACAGGGCUACUCUGCCUGAGAAUUCAGAGCAAGGAACUGUAGUGUUGAAAGUUAGUGCCACUGAUUUAGAUGAGGGAAUAAAUGGAGAAGUAACUUAUGAGUUAAGUCGUGCGUCUUCCUUAGCAAAGCAGUUAUUUAUACUGGAUUCUGAAACUGGCGAAAUUAAAGUCUGCGGAGCACUAGAUUAUGAAGAGGAUACUGUUUUUGAAAUGCGAGUUGAAGGGAAAGAUGGAGCUGGCUUGUCGUCGAAAGCGAAAGUAAUAAUUGAGCUUACAGACGUGAAUGACAAUACGCCAGAAAUAAACUUACAGUCAUUAAAUAGCCACAUUCCCGAGAACGCGCCACCAGGUACUGAAAUUGGCAUCAUUCAUGUCCAAGAUAGAGAUUUUGAAAUCAACGGACAAGUAAGGUGCUAUAUUGCGUCAGAUGUCCCCUUUAAAUUGGUCCCUUCAAUCACAAACUACUAUUCCCUUGUGACAACUGCUGAACUAGACCGUGAGGUGACGUCUGAUUACAACAUCACCAUCACUGCUACUGAUGAGGGCACUCCGUCACUCUCAUCAUCCAAAACGGUGCACUUAAUGGUGGCCGAUGUUAACGACAACCCUCCCGUUUUUCAGCAGAGGUCAUAUAGUGCCCACAUUACAGAAAAUAACAAGCCAGGCUCUCCUGUCUGCUCCGUGUCAGCCACAGACCCCGACUGGAGACAGAAUGGCACAGUGAAUUACGCACUGCAUGCCAGUGAUGUGGACGGCACUCCUGUGUCAUCCCUGUUGUCGAUUAAUGGAGAUACAGGUGUCAUUCACGCUGUCAGGUCAUUUGACUAUGAGAAGCAGAACAGUUUUAAGGUUCAGGUCAUCGCCAGAGAUAACGGCUCUCCUCCACUCAGCAGCAACGUUACUGUGAGCGUCUUAGUGUCUGAUGAGAAUGAUAACACGCCUCAGAUUUUAUACCCAGCCCCUGAGGGAAACUCUCUCAUGACAGAGAUGGUGCCUAAAACUGUGCAGGGCAACUAUCUCGUCUCCAAGGUUAUUGCAGUGGACGCAGACUCGGGGCAGAAUGCGUGGCUCUCGUAUUAUAUUGUCACAGCUACUGAUCCGGGUCUUUUCACCAUCGGGGUCCACAGUGGAGAGAUCAGGACACAGAGAGACAUUUUUGAGGGCGACGGCAUGAGACAGAAUCUUGUUGUCUCUGUGAAAGAUAACGGUCAACCCCCUCUGUCUGCAACCUGCACGGUGUCUUUACUUAUUUCAGAUAACUUAGCCGAGAUCCCAGAGUUGAAAGACAUGUCUGUAGACUCUGGGUCUAAGCUGACCACUUAUUUGAUCAUAGCGCUGGUGUCUGUUUCCACCUUCUUCAUUACGUUCCUUAUUAUCGCACUGGCUGUGAAAUUCUGCCAGCGGAGAAAGCCCAGACUUUUGUUUGAUGGAGCAGUGGCCAUUCCCAGCGCCUAUCUGCCCCCAAAUUACGCAGAUGUGGACCCCACUGGAACUCUUCGCAGCGUCCGCAGUGCCUAUAACUAUGACGCCUACUUGACUACAGGAUCACGCACCAGUGACUUUAAAUUUGUCAGAUCUUACAAUGAUGGCACACUUCCUGCUGAUUCCACUCUGAGGAAGACGUCUUCUCAAGACCCCUUUGGAUCAUGUAACGACUUAGACGAUUCUCAGAUCUGA